GCUGAGACAGAGGAAGGUACGUCUCUCUCUGUCAAAUACAGCUAAACUUUAACGAAACGAACCUGUUCAGAACACGGGAAAGGUAGAGAGAGAAUGAGAGGACCAGAGGAAGCCAGAGAUGGAGAAAGCCAAUAAAGAAGGAACCUCUAUGUUUUUCUCUUUAAGAGAGAAGGGAAUCCCCCAUUGUUGGAGUGCUAAAGUGUGAAAGGUGUAGGCAGAUAAGACACAGAGGCUGACAGCCUCUCUUGGCUGCACCGCCACCAGUGUUGCCGCCGCCUCCUUCCACCACCGCCAUCAAUCUAGACAGAGAGAGAAGGAGAGGGAUGGACAGCCUUCUGUGCGAUGAGCUGCUUGAGGAAAUUCUGCAGCGGCUGCACUCUGCCUCCGACGCGAAUUCCGCCUCGCUCGUCUCCAAGCGGUGGCUCUCCCUCCUCCGGUCCUCCAGAACUGCCCUCUCCCUCCGCCUUCCCACAGGCUGCAGCGGCGGCAGCCGUCUCUGCCUUUCCUCUUUCCUGUCUCACUACCCCAACCUCUCCGCCCUCACCCUUGUCUCCGACUCCCCCAACGCCGACCCCUGUCUCUCCGACCUCGCCCUUCUCUCUCUCUCCUCCGCCUGCAGGAACCUCACCCAACUGCGAUUCCUCGUCGGCCCUGUCACGUCCUCCUCGCUCCAGCACCUUUCCUCCUCUUGCAAGGCUCUCUCCUCCCUCAAGAUCAUCGCUUCCCGCUCCCUCGGGUUCGACUGGUUAGCUGGAUUCCGGUCUCUAAGGAACCUUUCUGUGACCUUCCUUGACUGUCUGGAAGAUGGGCCGCCCCCGAGUUCGAUGAUCAAUCUCCCCGGCGGUCUCGAGCUUCAAUUGGAGACCCUCUGCUUCACCGGUAUCGGUAAUGGGGACGUGGGCAUCGAUUGGCUGUGGAGGAAUUGCAGAAGCAUCAGCAAAUUGCGGCUUUCUAGCUGCGAAGGGAUCGGAAACUCCAUUUCCGAUCCUUUCUUCCUCAACCUGCUGUCUGGAAUUCGGGAAAUUGAACUGGUUACCUGUCGGAGCAUCACCGCCAGCCUUCUCCUCCGGGUCGCCGAGCACUGCAGGUCUUUGGUUUCUCUGGUUGUGUAUGAUGGGGGCAAUAGGGACGCCCUGAUUGAGGUCAUUAGGAAUUGUGGAUCGUUGAGAAAAAUCGAUUUGAGGCUUCCCCUCGACCUCGACGACGACGGCCUAAUGGCUAUAGCCCAGAACUGCAGGGAAUUGCAGAGCCUCUGUCUCCAAAGCUGCGUCAUGAUCAGCGGGGAGAGCCUGAGGUCAUUGGGACGGGUCCUAUGUUCGAGCCUGGAGGAAUUGGCUUUGGUGAACUGUGAUGCUGCGGAAAGAGAACCGGGCUUGUUGACAUCGCUGGGCCAGAAUUUGAGGAGUUUGAAGAGGCUGGAUCUUUCAUACAACGAGCUCUUGCUUGAUAAGGAAAUGGUUUCCAUGCUUGCUUCUAGCAGAAACCUCGUUGAGAUUAGUUUGAGGGGUUGCAGGGGCUUGACAGACAUGACCAUUAGUGCCAUCAUAAAAAAUUGCCCUCUUUUGAGGAUUAUCGAUAUCCGUCAGUGUCACAAGAUCACCAGCCAAGGCGUUGGAUUGCUGCUUGAAGCCCCAAAUUUGAUUCAGAUUCUAGUGGAGCAGAGCAAGAUCCCUGGGCAACUGUAAGUUGCUGCGCGUCAUAUUUAUACUGUUCUUCUCGACAGGGUUGCUCUCUUCGUCUCCUUUAAAUUGUUUAGUUCUGGUGCAUUCGUUUCAUUAUGUAUACUGUAUACAAGGUGUAUAUAGACAACUUCCUGCAAUGAAGAGACAACAAUCCAGGAAAUUGGCAUAGGAAGGUGACUCCAUGGAAUUGCCACAGAGCUUCUUGAUCACGACAAUGGCGAAUUACAAAUUAUCCCUGUUUAUCCUCUUUUCACUUCA